AUGCUGAGAUCGCUCUCAAAGCUCUCUAUCAUCUUCCCUUCAAGCAACAAACCUUGUUAUCUCGCAAAUGCUGCUCAACGCUUUAUAUCUUCAGGAACCAGAAGAACAACAAUUACAAGACCCACUUCAAGAGUUAAGAUUGGAGUGAGAACCUGGAUUCCAAUUCGAUGCGUGUCAAACUCACCAAUCUCAUCAAAGAAUGCAUCAGAAGAUCCAUUUCAACAGGGUAAACUACUAACAUCAACUGAUGAUUAUUAUGGUGGUGUUAUAGUGGAACUGGAUCAGCUUAUGGAUUCUACGACGUUCGUCUCAAUUCUUAGAGCUUCAAUUUUACAUUGGAAGAAACUGGGCAAGAAGGGAGUUUGGAUAAAAUUACCUAUCCAUCUAGUCAAUCUUGCUGAAGCUUUAGUUAAGGAAGGUUUUUGGUAUCACCAUGCAGAACCAAACUAUUUAAUGCUUGUAAAUUGGAUUCCUGAAAGUCCAAAUACUAUUCCUGCAAAUGCCACACACAGGGUGGGCAUCAGUUCAUUUGUCUUGAAUGAAAAACGCGAGGUACUAGUUGUUAAAGAAAAUAGUGGACAAUUUCAGGGAACCGGAGUCUGGAAAUUCCCUACUGGAGUUGUUGAUCAGGGAGAAGAUAUUUGUGUAGCAGCAGUAAGAGAGGUCAAAGAAGAGACGGGAGUUGAUUCAGAAUUUCUUGAAGUAUUAGCAUUCAGACAAAGUCAUAAUUCAUUCUUUGCGAAGUCAGAUUUAUUCUUUUUGUGUAUGUUGCGGCCCCUUUCUUCCGAGAUCCAAAUUCAGAACUUAGAGCUAGAGGGUGCACAGUGGAUGCCAUUGGUGGAAUACACAGCUCAGCCAAUUAUGCAAAAGAGUGAUGUUUUGAAGUGUAUCAAUGAUAUUUGUUUGGCUAAGAUUGAUGGGCGAUAUUCUGGAUAUACUCCUGUACCAACAUUAUCAAAUUUCUCUGAUAAGCAGUUUUAUAUGUACUUGAAUGCUGGAGCAUUGAAAAAAUCCAACUCUUGA